AUGCGAAGGGCUUGCAAAGGCGGAGGGUCGGUCACUGGACCGCAGCUUGCCCCAAAGCCGCGGGCGCUUAUCUUAGCGUUUCUUCAGCUUGCGUCCGCAAGUCGACGUAUUCAGGACACCUACGUCGCAAUUGUUCCACUCCGUCCAGCUCGGUUUGUUACAAGUGUCUAUCUGUCAAUCAGGAUGCAGUUGUGGAAUACUGUCCUCCAGCUCAGUUUGCUGGCUUUUACUGCCGCCCCGACCGCAGCGGCAUCCGCGUGGGGGUUUACUGAUGCCACCGUGUCAGUUCAAACCAAGGGCGCUGGAGUCGGUUCUGGAUUGAAGGAAACCAUCCCCGACAACAAGGCCCUCACCAAGCCCGUCUCCCUCGGAAGUGCCGACACCUUGAAGGUGACACUCACGGCCCGCGAAGGCAGCUCCGGAAAGCGCGCGCACCAAGUUUUCCUCCUCCUCCAAGACCCAGAGACCGGACUAGACAUCUCUUAUCCCUUCAAUGUGAAGGAAAAUGGCAAAUCGAAGGUUGAGCUGACUCAAAAAGACCUCCCGGUUCAAUUCCUCUCCUUGACCGAACCCCUUGACGCAAAACUCUUGAUCGGAUCUUUUGGCAGCGCCGAGGCCUACAAUGGCGCUGCAUUCAAGUUAACCGUUACCCGGAACCCCGAUCAGCCAGUCCCAACUGUUGAGGUCUCGAGAUAUGGAAAGCUUCCUGAGAUCCACCACAUCUUCAAGGAGGAUCCCCAAAGCCCGCCGAUUGUCAUCACUCUCGCGUUUGUGGCGAUGGUGCUUGGCACUCUUCCCGUUCUUGCUGGUGUGUGGCUAUUCCUCGGCGCCAACGUUUGCCACCUCCCCAAAGCUUUGAAGGCAUCCCCCGUUUCUCACGCUGUCUUCCUCGGCUCUCUUCUCUCGAUCGAAGGGAUCUUCUUCCUGUACUACCAGUCCUGGACCCUCUUCCAGAUCCUUCCUGCGGUCGCGUGGCUGGCACGGUCGCAUUCAUCAGUGGCAGUCGCGCUUUGGGUGAGGUGCAAGGCAGACGCCUUGAUGGCCUUCGGUAAAUCUGGCCGGUACUGGAUUUACUGGCAAAAGUGUCGAUGCGACUGA